CCAAAGCAAAGGAAUCGCCUGAUCAUCAGCUACAGACACACUCAAAAAAAAGCAUGUGCAUACACUCCCACACACCCAUAAAAACCUAAAGUACCCCAUGUGUUUUCUCAGAAGACGCAGGCCGGGUCACAGCCAGCAUCGCACAGCCAGUAACUGGUGUAGAGAGACGUUGUUUCAGCAGGCAGUAUUUUGAGCCAGGGAACCUGAUGAAGGAUGUGUGCGUAUGGACAGCCAAUCACGCUUCUGCUAUUUUGCCUGUUCGGGUCAGCUACCUCAUCUCCUGUUUCCAUGCACACAUCUGCUCCACCUUUUUUGUCACAAAUUUCACCUCCCUCUCUGACAAUCCUGGCACCUCCACCGUCUCCUUCUCUCAGUAGCCCACCACCCACACCUUCCCUCACCAGCAACUCUGGAGAGUCAGCAGAAAAGGUCCGCUGCCCUCUGACGAUGUCACCCUCCACUCUGGUGGUCAGGUUUGGCGAUCCAGUCACAGCUAACUGCUCUGUAGCAAGGAUGGAUUUCUCUGGUCUUGGUUGGGAAGUCUCGCUGGGACCUCCUAAACUCAGUAUGAAUUCUUUUGUGGUCUGGAGUGUGGACAGGAUGACUGAGUGGAAUGAAAAGCCUGCGUGCUUUGCACUAACCAACCAUGGAGGCCAAUGUCACGUCAAUCUCCCUCUAACGGUCUACAAACCUCCAGACAGUGUGUCCUUCAGCUUUGUUAAUCAAACUGGGCCGAUGUUUGAGGGGCAUCAGUACACCCUGCAGUGUACAGUAGAGGACGUUGCUCCUGUUGAAAACCUCAUUGUGACGUUCUACAGAGGACAGACAGCGCUGGGCAAACCUCAGUCCAUCAACAACACAGAGAAGAAACCAGUGACUGAGGACUUCACUUUAAACAUCACACCCAGUAAGGAAGAUGAUGGAGUCCAGUACUGGUGUGAAGCAAAGCUUGAACUGGGACCUGCAGGAAUUCAGGAUCCUCCAGUGGUGAGGUCAGAAAAACUCACUGCCCAUGUCCUCUUUGGUCCACAAAUCUUGUGUCCUACAAAGCUGCAGGUGACAGAGGGAGAGCACCUCAGCUGUGAGGUGAGAGGAAACCCUCCACCGUUAGUCACCUGGUUCAGAGAAGGGCAGGUGGUUGCCCUGCCCACCAACUCGGCCAGAAAGGAUGCUGGGAAAUACACAGUCUCAGCAAAAGGACAAUUUGGACUGAAAAACUUUACAGUGGAGGUGGAGGUCCUUGCUGGCAGUGGAACUACAAACAGCUGCAGACAUUUCCUGUUGGCCUGCCUGCUUAUUCAGAUGAUUAACUGUCUCUGAAAGAUCCUAAAAGAACUCAACGUGAUUCUUCUUUCCAUGCUGUUUGGAUGAAUGGACUGUGCUGUGAGAAAUGACUCACAAAGCCUGGUUUGCUUGUGUCACAGUUUUGCAUUAGAGUCUUUUUGUGGAACUUUGAGAGCUCCUGUACAGACU